AAGAUAAAAUGCAUCUUUUUGUGAGCUUACUCACAUACACUUACAUAGCACAAUGAAAUCUUUUUUGAACGUGAAACGAACUAGCCGUAGCCCUAAAAAAGUAUGGUCACAUAGUCCACCAGUAGAGUUCAGGCAAAAGUAGCUCAAGCGUGGCAACAGCGCAACACUCGCUUCAGGAUGUUACGUCCUAGAUGUCGCAGAUCGUUGUCUCUUCUACGUUACUCCCAGCUGUUUUAGGGUUGUGUUUUUUGUCAGCGUCAAAAAAUCAACAAUUAAAGUAUAUUAUUGAAUUUUGAUUUCAAAUUAGCAUUCGGGCAUAAAUUUUAUUCUACGAUGAUUAUAAUUGUGACAACCAUCCCAUUUUUUAAGGAUUUGGAAUUUCAAUUAAAAAUUGGUUGAAAGGUUAUUGUGCUACAUUCAUCAGAGGGACAAGAGAAAACAAGAAACGCCACUUUGGCCUCACUAUGGAUUUGCCAGUUGCAGUUAAGAUUGAACAGGAAUUUGCUGUUAAUAAUGAAGCAGAUGUUGUCUCCAUGCAUCAUGAUGCUGCCGAACACAAUUUGGACCAACCUGAGUAUGUAAGGAUUAAGGUAGAGUCUGAAGAAUGGGAUUCUGCUUUUCCAAAAAAUCUAGGUGAACAUGUGAUGAAAAUUAAGAAGGAAGAUCCAGAAUUAGAUGCAACUCCUAAAUAUUGUGAUGUUUCACAAUUUAAAACAGGGAUUGGUGUGGGGCAAGAAAGCAGAACAGAUGUAAAUAAUGAGGAGUUAUUGAAAAGGAAAGAACCGCGAUGCUUGGAUGCUAUCCAUAUAAAGGAAGAACCGGAGAUACAAGAUGAGAGUGACACAAGCAACUCUGCGAUAUCUUCUAAAAGCUGCCGAAUCUGUCCACAAUGUAACAUGACAUUCAUACAGAAAAAAACACUGGACGAUCAUAUCGUAAAAAACCACCCAGAUUCCAUUUCAUCUGUCACUUUCAAAAUACAUAACUGUCCGAAAUGCGAGUUUAAAACUGUAGUGAAAGUUGCAUUUGAAAAUCAUCUGUUGAAGCACCCUGACACAGCUUCAGAGUAUAAAUUCAGUAACUGUGAACACUGUGAUCAGUCAUUCAAAACCAAGAUAGCACUGCACGAUCACAUAUUGAAAAAACAUCCAAGUUUUUCUGAAACAGUCUCUAGCAAAGUACAUGCAUGUAAAAAAUGCGAUUUUAAAACGACUAUAAGGAAAUAUUUAAGUAGACAUUUGUUGAAACACCCAGAGUCAUCUGAUAAUUAUAAGUUCAGCGUGUGUCCAGAAUGCAACAUGACAUUCAGAAGUAAAAUGUCUUUGGACGACCACAUUUUGAAAAAACAUCCAAAAUUUAUUGAGUAUGUUACUAGCAAAAUACAUGCAUGUUCCCAAUGCGAUUAUAGAACCACAGUAAGUAGUCAUUUGAGCAUACACCUUGUGAAGCAUCCUGAGACAGCUAGUAGUUUUAAGUUUGUUAAUUGCGUGCAUUGCGAUGGGGCGUUCAAUAGUAAACAGCUGCUGGAUGAUCACAUAGUUAAGAAACAUGUAGAGUUUAGUUCAUCAGUUACUAGCAAAAUACACGAAUGUAGAAAGUGCUCUUAUAAAACGACUAUCAACAGUGAUUACAACAGGCAUAUUUUGAAACACCCUGAAACGACGAUUGACUAUAAGUUCAGUACUUGUCCACACUGUAACGCAGCUUUAAGAAAUAGAAUUACAUUAGAUAAUCAUAUCUUAAAGAAACAUCCAGAAUUUAGCGAAUCGGUGACUACCCAAAUAUAUAAAUGUAUACAGUGUGAUUUUGCAACGACAUUUAUCCAUCACAUUAAAAAACACAUGUUAAAACAUGAAACAGACAGUCCUAGUUUUCAGUAUAACACUUGUAAACACUGUGAUGCCACAUUCAAAUAUAGGGUUGCUCUUGAUAACCAUAUAUUAAAAAAGCACCCGAAAUUCAUCUCAUCAGUUAUUAGCAAAAUAUUUCGAUGUGAAAAGUGCUCUUUCAAAACAACUAUGAGUAGGUGUUUAGAUAGACAUUUGUUAAGACAUCCUGAGGUAUCUGGUAAGCUAAAGCCGGUCUCAUGCAACCAUUGUAGUGCAACAUUUAGAAGUAAACAGGGGCUGGAUGAUCAUGUCAUUAGGAAACAUCCAAGUUUUAUUGCUUCAAUUACUUGCAAGAUAUAUGAAUGUAAAAAGUGCAAUUUCAAAACUGCUAUGCACAGUCACUUAUCCAAACAUCUAUUAAAACUUCAUGAUAGUUAAUAUUGUUAAGCGUUAUUCAUUCUAAAUUAUUCGACAAUUUAAUUUGUAUUUGGUAUAUCAUCACGUAACUAUUAAGUUUAUCAAUGUGUUUGGUUGACUAUCAGAAGUACCGGGUAACAAAUACACAGUUUACGUUUAGCAUUCUGAUGUGGAUUGUGAUAUUUUUUAUAUGUUUAUUUAAGUUUUAGUCUUGUUCCGCUAAGAAAAGAAUUUAUAUUACUUUACCGUACAGUGCUGUCCUGUAUACUAUUAUAUUAUUUAGUAAAAUCCUACUAUUAUGC